CCCAUCCAGGCUCCUGCGCAGGCGUGAUCCUUGCCUCCUUCCUUUGCCAUGGCUGCCUGGCUUCUCUCCCUUUGCCUGCCGCUGCUUUGCCUGCUCUUGGGCAAAGGCUCUGCGCUGCACACCAAGGGUGCCUUGCCCUUGGACACCAUCACCUUUGCCAAGGUGAUCCCAAAGUACAAGUUUGUCCUGGUGAAGUUUGACACCCAGUAUCCUUACGGGGAGAAGCAGGAUGAGUUCAAAAAGGUGGCCGAAGGCUCCGAGUCCAGCCCCGAUUUGCUGGUGGCGGAAGUGGGGAUCUCAGAUUAUGGCGACAAACUGAACCUGGAGUUGGGGGAGAAGUACAAGCUGGAUAAGGACAGGUUCCCAGUCUUCUACCUGUUCCAAGAUGGUGACCUGGAGCACCCCUUGCCCUACGGUGGUCCGGUCACGGCGAGUGCACUCCAGCGCUGGCUGAGGAGCCGAGGUAUUUACAUGGGCAUGCCGGGGUGCCUCAAGGAGUUUGACGCCCUCGCCGGCAAGUUUGUGAGUGCCAACCAAGACGCCGAGGAGCGCCAGGCCCUUCUGGAGGAGGCCCGGCGGCAGCUGGAGCAGACCGCGGAGUCGGAGCGCAAAUCGGCCGAGCAGUAUCUCAAGAUCAUGGCCAAGAUGCUGGCCCAGGGUGACCACUUCCCCGAUGGCGAAGCCUCCCGACUCAGCAAGCUCCUCGAGGAGAACAAGAUGAGCGACGGGAAGAAGGAGGAGCUCCAGAAGCGGCUGAACAUCCUGGCUUCGUUCCAGAAGAAGCCGGCCGACGAGAAGGACGAGCUUUGAACUCCGGAGUGAGUCGGGUGUUCAAAAAAAAAACCUAUUUGGCGGAACUCUAUCGCUUGAGCGUGGGUUGCUUUCCUUUGGGUUGGCGGGUGAACCGUACAUACGUACGUUGUUCCGAAAGGCAGGGUUGCGUCUUCAGCUCCGUUUCUCCCCAUAAGUUUGUUAUCGGACGUCGUCUCAAGAUGACGGUCGUCUUCCGAAGCGGCUGGUGGUGUCGCUUGAGUCCCCGAAGUCCUGGGACCUGCCGGAUGUGUGGAAGAUUGACAGCUGGGAUUCCAGGCGUUGCUGGUGGGUCACGCUAGCCUCAAAAAGGUCCCACAGAGCCACCUCCUGUCCGUGGUGAGGCGCUGCGAGACCCUGGAACCGGAGCACAGAUCCCGACAAGUCAUGAAGAUUCUCAGUAUUGGCAGAAUGGGUUGCGGGGGAACAUUCCUUGUGGCACUUGGUUAGUGAAUAAAGAUUCCCGAAAAAUAA